UGUCGUUUUUUGUGAUCUGGAUUGAUUUGGUGUCGUAUUUGCAACCCUGUGUGCUUGCUACACGGAACUUGGUGUCGUUUGCGGCACGGUGGUGUCGGUACUUGGACUGUUGUUGUGUGGAUUAUUGGGUUUGAAGCAUUUGGAAUACUGAUUUGGUACAUGUAACUGAGAUAGCAUUUCCAUUUGGGUUGUUGUUGCUUGUUUUGAUCAAUCACUGCCACUAACAUAUAAAGCCAGAGUUUUUAAGAUGAUAUAUUCUGUCCCUUGUAAUAAGUCUUUGAAUUCGAGCUUGUUUACCAGUUUAAGAUCCUAUAACACUAGGUCUAUGGGCAUGGAGUCCAAAUCAGUUGCGGACUUAAUAGAAGCUUCCUCAGGGGUUCAUUUUUCUGGAUUUCACAUGAAUGGUCUGCAGGAAAGGCAUUCAAAUGUGGACCAACCAACAACCUCUGCUACAGAUAACAUUCUUAUGCAACCUUUUGUCAUAGGGGUUGCUGGUGGAGCAGCAUCUGGUAAGACUACAGUUUGUGAUAUGAUUAUACAGCAGCUUCAUGACCAGCGUGUUGUUCUUGUUAACCAGGAUUCUUUUUACCAUAAUUUGACACCAGAAGAACAUGCAAGAGUACAUGAAUACAAUUUUGAUCAUCCUGAUGCAUUUGAUAAUGAGAAACUUUUAGCUUCUAUGGAUAAGUUGAGGAAUGGGCAAGCAGUAGAUAUUCCAAACUAUGACUUCAAGAGUUACAAAAACAAUGUCUUCCCGCCUAGAAGGGUAAACCCUUCAGAUGUGAUAAUUUUGGAAGGCAUUCUCAUUUUUCAUGAUCCCCGUGUUCGAGAGUUGAUGAAUAUGAAGAUAUUUGUCGAUACAGAUGCUGAUGUUCGUUUAGCAAGGAGGAUAAGGCGUGACACAGUUGAAAAAAACAGGGAUAUUGGUACAGUUCUUGAUCAGUACUCAAAGUUUGUGAAGCCUGCAUUUGAUGACUUUAUUCUUCCUACAAAAAAAUAUGCUGACAUCAUUAUUCCUCGCGGAGGAGAUAAUCACGUGGCUAUUGAUUUGAUUGUACAACACAUCCGUACAAAGCUUGGCCAGCAUGACUUGUGUAAAAUAUAUCCUAAUUUAUACGUUAUACAUUCAACUUUUCAGAUACGGGGCAUGCAUACCCUCAUACGUGAUUCACAAACAACGAAGCAUGAUUUUGUAUUUUAUGCUGAUCGGUUGAUUCGUUUGGUCGUUGAGCAUGGUCUGGGACAUCUGCCAUUUACAGAAAAACAGGUGGUCACUCCAACUGAGUCGGUGUAUACUGGUGUAGAUUUCUGUAAGAGAUUAUGUGGUGUGUCUAUAAUCAGGAGCGGUGAGAGUAUGGAGAAUGCUCUGAGAGCAUGUUGCAAGGGAAUCAAGAUUGGGAAAAUUCUAAUCCACAGAGAAGGAGACAAUGGCCAGCAGCUCAUCUACGAAAAGCUUCCCCAGGAUAUCUCAGAUAGACAUGUCUUACUAUUGGAUCCCAUUCUAGGCACAGGGAAUUCGGCUGUUCAGGCCAUCUCUUUGCUCCUAAGGAAAGGUGUACCAGAGUCCAACAUCAUAUUUCUCAAUCUCAUAUCUGCACCUCAGGGAAUUCAUGUGGUCUGCAAAAGAUUCCCAAGACUUAAGAUUGUGACAUCUGAGAUUGAGAGUGGUUUGAACGAAGAUUAUCGAGUUAUACCGGGCAUGGGCGAGUUCGGAGACCGAUAUUUUGGAACCGACGAUGAUGACUGGCAAGAAGUAACUCACUCAAAAUAAAAGAAAAGAAAUUAAAAAAAAAAAAAUAUCCAUACUUAUGGCUUUUAUUUAGUCCACUCCAUCAUCCUCUUAUCCUUACUCCUCUCCCCUAGUCAGCAGUCUGAAAAUCAGCUAAACUUGCUUUUGACUUAUAUUCUGCUGGCUUCUCUACUUUUAUAAGAGUUGAAAUUUUGUUGACUUCCUUCGAAGAUUCUUUGUCUUAUAUAAUCCUAUAAAUAUCUAUAUAUAAA